AUGACAACCGCCGUUGCUGAAAAUGGGUCUGCCGCCACUUUGUCGCCCAUGAACAUGAAGCCGACGACUGAAACCCAGAUCCAAGGUCAGGCGCCUCUUCGGGUGGCAAGGGUCAUUGUGAACCUCUUUUCUCGAGUUGGAAAGCGUGAGCCUCCUGCUCCCGAGAAAACUGAGCAUAUCCGUCUGAUUUCGAUUGCCACGUCUCAUUUUGUCGAGAAGGCGAGGUGGGGAUUGGACAUGCUCGAGGAGAGCAAAGAGAGUCCUCUGUUCUACACCGAGGACCUCCACACACCCGCAUUUGCGUCAUUCUUCACUGUCCCAGCAUCGAAGAACAAAGCAUCUCAGACUCCCAUGAUUGUUCGAAGCGACGACACCGUAAUGUGGGGCAGUGAUACAAUUUUGCGAGAGCUCUGCAGUGGCAAAAAUGGUGCGCCAAUCAAUCUUUAUCCAGGCGAUCUAAAGGAUGAGAUCAUGGAGCUUGAAGAUGAGCUAGGAAGGCGUCUUGGUGCCAGUGGCCGUUGCUACGCGUACGGAUCCUUCAUGCUUGACAAGCAGUACUAUGGCUUGGCUAUCCAGCAGACGACCAGCAACUGCUCCAAAGUCGAGCAGAAGGUUUUCGAGAAGAUGUUUGAUAAGGGAAUCGACAAAGCACUGAUUGAUCUGAUGAACAUCAACGACGAAGUGAUGGAGACAUCUGCCCGAGAGCUGCGCGCAAUGUUUGGAGAGCUCUCUGAUCGCCUCGAAAGGACCGGCGACGAGUACCUGGUGGGUAAUACAUUCACUGCGGCUGACCUAGCUUUUGCUACUCUGGUCUACUUCAUUGUUCGCCCUCCGGAGUGCGAGCCACUCCUGAUUCCCGAAAAGGGAAUGCCCCCAAAGCUUCUGGGACUCUUCCAUGAACUAGCAGCCACCAAAGCGGGCCAACACGCCUUGAAAAUCUACAAGAAGCACAGGCCUGUUGACGCAGCGGGGAAGCUUGUUCUGAAGAAUGUCAACCAGAAUCACAAUCCUUUCAAGCUGUUUUAA